UGGCGCCAUCUUCCCCGGCUGCGGGAGGGGUCACAGGUCAGUGCUGGAGCCUCGCGGUGAGUGAAGGAGGACGAAGUGGGUGAACUGACCGGCCGUGGCCUUCAGGUCCCGACGGGUGCCUUUUCCUCGGGGCAGCCCAAGAUUCUCCAAGAGGACAAUGGAUUCUGGAAGUCGCCCAGGUGGUAGCCACUGUAGCAGCCCUGCAGGGCUCUCACGGGAAUACAAACUCGUGAUGCUGGGUGCUGGUGGUGUGGGGAAAAGUGCCAUGACCAUGCAGUUCAUCAGCCAUCGAUUCCCAGAAGAUCAUGAUCCCACCAUUGAAGAUGCUUAUAAAAUCCGGAUCCGUAUUGAUGACGAGCCUGCCAAUCUGGACAUUUUGGAUACGGCUGGACAGGCAGAGUUUACAGCCAUGCGGGAUCAGUACAUGAGGGCAGGAGAAGGGUUUAUCAUCUGUUAUUCUAUCACUGAUCGUCGAAGUUUCCAUGAAGUUCGGGAGUUUAAACAGCUUAUUUAUCGAGUUCGACGGACUGAUGAUACACCUGUGGUUCUUGUGGGAAACAAGUCUGACUUAAAGCAGCUAAGGCAGGUCACCAAGGAAGAAGGAUUGGCUUUGGCCCGAGAAUUUAGCUGUCCCUUUUUUGAGACCUCUGCUGCCUACCGCUACUACAUCGAUGAUGUAUUCCAUGCCCUUGUACGGGAGAUACGUAGGAAAGAGAAAGAGGCAGUACUGGCCAUGGAGAAAAAAUCUAAACCCAGAAACAGUGUAUGGAGGAGACUAAAAUCACCAUUCCGGAAGAAGAAAGAUUCAAUAACUUGAAGGGAAGAUGUGGAGUGUUUAUCUGUGAACUGCAGUGCUUAAUCAAAGCAGUCCAGUAACCUGCAUUAGUGAGCAUGGUGCUUGCUCUUUCUCCUGUUAUGACCGUUAUUUUAAAAGUAACUGAUGAAGGGAACAUGCCUACUAGGAGUUUUCAAUGAUGUGGUAUUUAAAAUAUUGUCUCUUAGCUAAUUCUGAUUUAUUAACCCAGUGGAGCACUGUCUACUUUUAAAUUGUCUCAUUAGAAUUUGAUCACCCAUGUUUUGGGUCCUGUUGCUGAUAUUAAUUAAUUAAUGUCAAUUGUUUCUACCCAGGGGAAUAUGUAUACCAUGUGUGUUUGACUAAGCUCACAAGAGGAAUUUUUUGCCGUGCACUACUCCACAUUAUCUUUCAACUCCAGUUUCCUGGGACUAUCCCAGAGAAGGACUUCAGUCUUUUCUAUUCUAUUGCUUCCUGGAGACAGAACAAAAUCAUAGAGGGAAAUCUGUGCUAAAGAGAUCGGUGCUAACGUUCAGCAAAUAGCCGUGGAACUGUCUCCUGUUGCAGAUAAUGGAGUGAUGAGAUUUGGGGAAAUCAGGCCAUUUGUUUGCAGGAACUUGGCUAGCAAAAGGUAGGAUCAGAACAGUAUUCCCAUAUGAACCUGGCUCUUCUAAGAAGUACACGUUUGACCCAGAUGCGCUGGGUAGAUGAGAACAAACAGAAGCAUAUAAAAUGUAAUGAAGCUUUCUCUUAUGAGGUUAUUUUACUCUUCCUUUCAGGGUUUGCCUUUCUUUAGCUUCAAAGGUAAACACUUCGGGAACCAUUACUGGAUUACUAAACUAUCGUUUAAUCUAAAUCCUUGGUUGGGACAGCCAUUGCCUUGUGCAGGUUCAUUUUUUUCGCUGGAUAUGCACGCACCAAUAUAUUUAAAAUAAUUGCUUCCUCAUGUUUUCCCUUAGCUUCCCCGUGAUCUUUAGAAGAGGUAGGCCUGGCAAAAUGGUUUUUAGACCCUUCGUCAGACUGACUGCAUUUUCCAUACAGAAGUGACAUCAGGAGUUUGAGUAAAAUUGUGUAUGUGCCUCCUUGACGUUGACAAUCACUAGACUCACUGCUCGAAGAAAGCCUGUGGUAUUUCUGUUUAAUGAGCCAGUCUUGAAGCUUUAAAAUUCCCAUAUGUUGAGUUUCUCAUUGAAGAUUUCUUUACAAGGACCUUGCUAAGUUCAGCUCAGGGUAGUCUGAGCCUUGACAAAACUUAGCCUAAGAGAAUACCACUUUGAUACCUGUGCAUAGUUGAGAAACUGUUGUCCUGGGAAGAAACAGCUUUAAAUAUUGGUGGUGAGUUCUCCCUUUUAGAAUCAGGAUUAUUUUGAUAUCUGAAUUUGUUAUGUGUGGAGAUUAAGUGCAAAAGUGCUAAGAGUAAUGUAGUCUAUAUUGAACAUUAAAUGUCACUGAAGCAGUGUUUGUGUCCACUUUAAACUCUAAAAACAUGACUUUAUGUAGCACCACUUAAAAGCACACAGCUCAAAUUACUGUUUUCCAUUUCUAUUACAGGCAGAAAGACAGGGUUGUUGUGUUUUUCCUUAUAGUCAGUGGUAUAUGUUCUAGGUUUAAAGAAAAGUGAUGAUUGUAACUCUUUUAGCUGUGUAGUGGUCCCUUUUCAAACUCCUGGAAAUGAUUUUGCCACCAAAUAAAUCAUGUUUUAUGGUACUUAAGCCAUCCAAAAGUGAAAGACCCAGAAUCUGAAUCUAUGCAGGACAAAAGUCUUUCAGGAAUCAUAGCACUUUGGAGAAGCGUGAAAAGAAAUACAGUGCAAUUCUAUUUUAACAGUAUUUCACAACAUUUAAACUAGCUUGGAGCCUUUUAAGUUUAAUGCCUUAGCUUCUCGUUACUAAUGACCUAUGGAAUUGUUGUUAGCAGCAAGGAAGAAGUUGACAGCUAUAUCAUUAUUUGAGAUAGUCAAAGCAGCAGAGAACAUUGCUAGAAAGAUCUGUAAAACAGGAGGGAAUCUGUAUUGUAUAUAAGAAAAAUAACAAAUUAGUGUCUUUUAAGACUAUCACUGUCAUUAUUUUGAUCGUUGGAUUAAUUAGCCCAUUAAUUAGUAUUGAGAAUUCUAUUCAUGGUGCUAAAUAGUAUGAGGGGUAUAAUACGUGUAAGUCGUAGCUCUGUUUUUAGUGAUAUAAUUUAUAAGCUCUAAGUAGUCAGCUUUAUCCAAUUUGAGGGCAUUAAAAUCAAUUACUGCCUGGAACUUUGAAGAGAGAAAAAUUCAGGGACAAGUUGAAAAGCACUGGAACUGUUCAUGUCCAUACUAGAUUGGUAAAUUACAAAAUUUAGAAGCUAGUCUCUAGAAUUAGCUGUUUAGAAUUCACAAAGGGAUAUAUGUUUUAACUUCAUGAUAUAUUAGCAAGAAUUGGUCUACUGUGAUGUUUGGGGAGGAGAGGGGAGAGAAAAGUUUUUCACUUAUGCACUUGUAUAUGAAGACAGUUUGUAUGACACAAUACAAAACUUUUAAACAACUU